CGUCUGCUUAAGCUCUAUUUCUCUAGUAUAGGGUCUAUGUUUCUAUUUAUUAGCGAAAAGCAGGUCCUGAACAACUUUUAUUUAUUGAAGAACAAAGACAUCUCUGAUGCUAGAAAGAGCUGGCUUUGUCUCUUGAAUGCUAUUUUUGCUUUUGCGACACUUAUGAACGCUGAGGGGGAAAUCCAAGAUAAAUCUUGUGCUGUAGAUGCUGAUGUAUUUUAUAAUAAGGCCUUGGCGCUU